GGUCGGUAAAUAGUGGUGAUGUCAUGCGGGCAAGAUGGCGGAAGGGGAGGACGUGGGGUGGUGGCGGAGCUGGCUGCAGCAGAGCUACCAGGCAGUCAAGGAGAAGUCCUCCGAAGCCUUGGAGUUCAUGAAGCGGGACCUGACAGAAUUCACGCAGGUGGUGCAGCAUGACACAGCCUGCACCAUUGCAGCCACGGCCAGCGUGGUCAAGGAGAAGCUGGCUACUGAAGGCUCCUCUGGGGCGACAGAGAAAAUGAAGAAGGGGUUAUCUGACUUCCUAGGAGUGAUCUCUGAUACCUUUGCUCCCUCACCGGACAAAACCAUUGACUGCGAUGUCAUCACCCUGAUGGGGACACCCUCAGGCACAGCUGAACCCUAUGAUGGCACCAAGGCUCGCCUCUAUAGCCUGCAGUCAGACCCAGCAACUUACUGCAAUGAACCAGAUGGGCCCCCGGAAUUGUUUGACGCCUGGCUUUCCCAGUUCUGCUUGGAGGAGAAGAAGGGGGAGAUCUCAGAGCUCCUUGUGGGAAGCCCUUCCAUCCGGGCCCUCUACACCAAGAUGGUCCCAGCAGCUGUUUCCCAUUCAGAAUUCUGGCAUCGCUAUUUCUAUAAAGUCCAUCAACUAGAGCAGGAGCAGGCCCGGAGGGAUGCCCUGAAGCAGCGGGCAGAACAGAGUAUCUCCGAAGAGCCUGGCUGGGAAGAGGAAGAAGAGGAGCUUGUGGGCAUUUCACCCACAUUUCCAAAACAGGGAAAGGUUCCUGUGGCCAAAAUUUCCACAUCCCUUGAAGGACCUGGCCCCCAGAGACCCCAUGAUGAGACGCUGGUGACUCCAGCUGAGCCUCCAACAGAGGCGACUCCGUCAGAGAGCAGCGAGAGCAUCUCCCUCGUGACAGAGAUCGUCAACCCUGCCACUGCGCCUGAGGCACCAGCGCUGCCCAAGGACCUGUCCCAAAGGCUUCUGGAGGCAUCUUUGGAGGAACAGGGUCUGGCUAUGGAUGUGGGCGAGACUGGACCCCCGCCCCCAGCUCAGUCCAAGCCCCCCAUCCCUGCUGGCCGCCUGAGCGGCCCAGAGCCCAGGCCUCCAGCCAGAGUAGAGACUCUGAGGGAGGAGGUGCUCACAGACUUAAGGGUGUUUGAGCUGAACUCAGACAGUGGGAAGUCUACACCUUCCAACAAUGGAAAGAAAGGCUCAAGCACAGACAUCAGCGAGGACUGGGAGAAGGACUUUGACCUGGACAUGACCGAAGAAGAAGUACAGAUGGUACUUUCCAAAGUGGAUGCCUCUGGAGAGCUGGAAGAUGUAGAGUGGGAGGACUGGGAAUGAGGGGAGCGAGAACGAGCAGCUCCCCCACCCACAGCACCUCCCACGUCCCUCAUUCAUCUCAGUCCAGCCCUGGAAGAUACUGACUGAGAAUGUUUUCCAAAUGGCCUCUGUCAACCAGAGCUCUGCACACAGAUUCUGGGUUGCUCCUUGCUGGCCCUUUAGGCCUCUGCUCACAUCUGGGAAGAAGCUCACUAAAUCCAAACCAGGAACUCUGACUUGUGCCAACGACAGAAUGACUUAAAGGGGAGGAUACCUAGCCCCAUCACCGGAAGAACCUACAUUUCUCUGCGGAAACACCUACUGUUGCUGGGCAGUCCCAAGGGAUAGCUCUGGCCCUUCUGAAGCCUGUAUAGACAGAAGCUAAACCACCAGUCUCUUGGAGGAAGUGGAGACCACAUACUCUGUCCACCCAUAAGCAGGCAAGGGAGGUCAUCCACCUGCCCUUGGCUAGAUAGGGAUGGCAAGCACAUUCUGGUUCCUGUCCCAGUUGGUGAGAGGCAUUUGUCUCUGGGAAAUUUGCCUCUCUUGGGAAUCUCUCCCCGCCCCAGGCAUUUUCCAUUCCUGGAAAUCUUCCUUGUGGUUCAGAAUCUAGAGACCAAACCCUGAGUUCCCACCUCCUCCUCCUCUUCAUCAUGCCCGGGCUGGUAUGUCCCCAAUGCCUCUCCUAGGGCUUAGUCUGUCAGAUGCACCCAAGUCCUUAGUCCAGCUGUGCCACCUAUGAGAGUCUGCCCCCCCCAAGAAGGGAAGGGGCCACUUCAGGCCCUUCUGUGCAUUGCCUAGCAGGAUACCUUGUCCAACCAACUACUCACCUCGAGUCCCCUGUAGCUUAGGGCACAGCCAGCUACCAGUGGUACAGAGCAGCAAGCAAAGCUGAGUACUUACAACUCAGGUAAGUCCAACUUCUCCGCCUCAACCCUUCUGCAUCUGGAAGGGAUCUGUUGGGGAUGGACUUCUUGAGACUCUCAUCAGGCUUCUGCAAAAGCUCUUCUUCUUGAAGACAGACCCAGUCUUUGUGGGUCUUACCCUCCAUGCUGGUAAAGCUGUACCUCUCUUGGGGGAAUGAGGGGCUGUAGGAAUGCCUGAAGACCCUGGUGCUUCAUGCUGCUGCUCUGGUGAUUCUUGUAGAUAAUCUGGUAUGUUCACCAAUGAUUUAAAGGGAUUGUGGUCAGGGAUGCCAAGAGAGUGGUGGUCAUUUCUACUUCAAACCUUCAAUGAGGGGGUGGGAUGGAGAGAAUGCUCAAUCUUUUUUUCAUGGAAUAGGGUUUUUCUCUUUGUAAUUAUUUCUUUAGUUUACCUUUUGGUUGGUUGUGCAAUAUUAUAUAUUUUAAAUUAUAAUGCAUCUCCCCAGAGUAUUUUGUAGCCAGGAAAAGAAAAAAGGAAAAAAAAAAAAGAUUCUAACAGCUGUUAGUUUUGUAAUUAAAAAUGAGAGAAAAAAGACCUUUGUCCUGAACGUUUUCCAGACUUUCCGUUAACAGCAUUAAAGAGAUUCAACAGAAGCUGUAAGGUGUCUGGGGAUCUGUUCUUGUCCCCCAGGGCAGGAGGCACACAGUAAUUGGUGGCUUCCCACUUGGAGCCUAGGAGAAGGGGAAUGAGUUUGGGGAGGGGUGGUCUGGGUCCUGAGGAAGUCCCUUGUCCUCAUUCCAGACUCAGCUUGGCCUUUGAGUCACCAAGACAAGGAAUCAAGAGGCUGUUUCUACAUUCCCAGUGCUUCUGCUUUGGGAGAAAUUGCUCUUGGUCAUUUUUCUCCUCCUCUCUCCUUUCCUCCCCCUAUAUGUGUAUGAUUCUGGGGUCUAUUUUUAAUUCGCUUUAGUUAAACACCUGUAUGAAAAUCACUAAGUCAGCCGUAAUAAAAGGGAAGUCUGAA